AUGGAGCCCCAGGCGGAGUCGGAUCCUGAUGCGGGGCAGGAGGCCCAGCAGGAGCCAGAGGCAGAAGUGACGACGCCCGAGGAGCCGCCCACGACCGAGACCUGGGUGGGUCCCGAGAGACAGGUGUCCGAGGCUGGACUGGUUCCUGAGAAGCCGGCCUCGCAGACGAAGGUGGAGCCCGAGAAACUCGUGCAAGCUGCCAGCCUUGCAUCCCAGAAGUCGGCGUCCCGGAUGAGGGUGGAGCGUACGAAAUCUCUGCCAAUUGCCAGCCUCGGGUCAGAGACUAAGGUGGAUUUCAAGAAACUCUUGCCGGUUGCCAGCUUUGGGUCCCCAAAGCCGGCAUCACAGAAGUUGGAAUCAGAGACGAAAGUGGAGCCCGAGAAACUCCUGCCGGUUGACAGCCUUGCGCCCCAGAAGUCGGAAUCAGAGACGACGGUAGAACCCGAGAAACUCCUGCCGGUUGACAGCCUUGCGCCCCAGAAGUCGGAAUCACUAACGAAGGUGGAGCCGGAAAAACUUCUCCAAGUUGACAGCCGUGCGCCCCAGAAGCCAGAAUCACAGAUGACGGUAGAGCCCGAAAAACUCCUCCAAGUUGACAGCCGUGCGCCCCAGAAGCCGGCAUCACAGACAGAGCCCGAGAGACUCCUGCCGGUUGCCAGUUUUGGGUCCCAGAAGCCGGCAUCACAGACGGGGGUGGAACAUGCGAAGCCGGUAUCUCGGAGGAGACUGGAGCCUGAACCUGCCGGACAGUCGCAGUCUGAGAAGGGGAGGGAACCAACCUCCAAGAGGUUGUCCAAGGCCAAGACCCCCUUGGUGGUGCCCACGGAGGCCAAGGCAGAUGCUGCGUUCCUCAGGUCCCCGGAGCAGCCCUCCCAGCGGAGAGCCUCGUCCAGGUCGCAUAAGACACAGUCCCAGCAGCUGCGGGACAGGUGGGAAUCGGCGGCAGGGGACCUGUUGCCGUUAGCUGUCCUCUCUAGGCGCAAAUGUAACACUAACUGUAUAGAGGCACCGAUGGUCCGGGUCUUUGGGAGACUGGGCUGGGCCGUAGGCUCUCAUCCCUGGUUCUUCCUGCUGCUGCCCAUGGUGCUGACGGGGCUGUUGGGCAUCGGCUUGGUCUACCUACCCUGGGGGGGCAUGGAGAACUUGGAGGAGCAGUACACACCCAUCGGGAGCCCCGCCAAAGCAGAGCGGCGCUUCGUUCAGGGACAUUUCACCACCAACGACUCCUAUCGGUUCUCCGAUUCCCGCAGGAGCACCGAGACCAAUUUCCUGUCCAUCAUCGUGGUGUCCAAAGGCAAUUCGGUGCUGCACAGAGACAUCUUUACCGAGAUCAGCAGACUGGACAGGGCGGUGCAAACCAUGGCUGUGAGGCAGAACAGAAUGGAAUUUCGGUACCACAAAGUGUGUGCCAAGUACAAGACGUUCUGCGUCCCCUGCAACCCGCUGCUGUACGCCUGGCAGCGGAACCCCCAGCUCAACCUGAGCCAGGUGACUUUCCCCAUCUUCAACCACAACAACCAUCCCGUCUACCUGGCUGGCUUCUUUGGCAAAACCACUCUGGGAGAGAAUUUGGGAAUGAGCCAGUUGCUGGUGGAAGCCAAAGCCAUGCGGCUGCUGUAUUACCUCAAGACGGAGCGCAGGGAGGACAACGAGCUCAGUAAAAAGUGGCUCACCCACUUCCUGAGCCAGUUCAACAACAUGAAGCACCAGCUGGCCUUGCAGCACGUGCAGCUGGUGCACUUCACGUCGCUCUCCAGGCAGAUGGAGUUCGAGGCCACUUCCGAGACGGUCAUCCCUCUGUUUUACUGGGCGUACUCUCUGCUCGUCGUCUUUGCCAUCAUCUCGUGCUAUAGGCUGGACUGUGUGCGCAACAAGAUGUGGGUGGCCGUGUUUGGAGUGAUCUGUGUGGUCUUGUCGGUGGUGAGCAGUUUCGGGCUGAUGCUCUUCGUUGGGGUGCCGUUUGUGAUCAUCGUCGCCAACUCGCCCUUUCUUAUUCUAGGUGUGGGGGUGGACGACAUGUUCAUCCUGAUCUCCGCCUGGCAGAAGACCAAACUCUUGCAGAACACGAGGGAGCGCGUGUCGGAUGUGUACUCCAGGGUGGCGGUGUCCAUCACCAUCACCACCCUGACCAACGUCCUGGCCUUCUACACGGGGGUCAUGAGCUCCUUCAGGUCCGUGCAGUACUUCUGCAUCUACACGGGGACGAGCCUGGUCUUCUGCUAUCUCUACAGCAUCACCUGCUUUGGCGCCUUCAUGGCCCUAGACGGCAGAAGGGAGAGGAAGUGCUUCGACUGGUUGAAGAAGCCCGACCCCAGGUACUUCUCGCUUAAAAAGUUCUGCUGUCUCCCCUGUGGCGCUGUCAUUGACGAAGAAGGGACCGACAUCCAUCCCAUGAACGUGUUCUUCAGGGACUAUUUCGGUCCCUUCCUGACCAACAUCUGGUCCAAACUGCUCGUGGUGCUGUUGUACUUCGGGUACCUCAGCAGCAGCAUAUACGGCUGUUUCCGAGUGCAGGAAGGGUUGGACGUUAGAAAUCUGGCCAGCGACGAUUCGUACAUCAUACCGUACUUCAACACGGAGGAGGACUACUUCUCCGACUUUGGCCCCAGGGUCAUGGUGGUGGUUACUGAACCCGUUGACUACUGGAACGAACGUGUCAGGCAGAAACUGGAGAAAUGCAUCACGGAUUUUGAAAACAAUGACUUUAUCAAUAAAAACCUGACAGAAUUCUGGUUACCGACGUACGUGAACUAUCUGAAACAAACAGGGCUGGACCCCAACGAUAAGCAGGUUUUCAUGAGCAACCUCGCCCCCUUCUUAGCUAGUGUGUCCUUUUUUAUGUACGAUCUGAAUGUUUCAUCUUCCAAUGAAAUCAUUGCUUCCCGGGGCUUUAUCCAGUCCAUGGACAUCUCCACUUCCAGCAGCAAGAAGACGAUGCUGCUGCAGUUACGAGAGAUAGCCGAGAAGUGCGAAGUCCCCCUCCUGGUGUACAACUAUGCGUUUAUAUAUUUUGAUCAGUACGCCGCCAUCAUAGAGAACACGAUUCGCAACGUCAUGGUGGCGUCGUCGGUGAUGCUCAUUGUCGCCCUGCUGCUGAUCCCUCACCCGGUCUGCUCCUUGUGGGUGACGUUUGCGAUCGCUUCUGUGAUUGUGGGAGUGGUGGGGUUCAUGUCCUUCUGGAAUGUGAACCUCGACUCCAUAUCCAUGAUCAACCUGGUCAUCUGCAUAGGGUUUUCGUUCGAUUUCUCGGCACACAUAUCCUACGCCUUUGUCUCCAGUGCUGAGCCCUCGGUCAACGGAAGAUCCAUUGAGGCGUUGUACCUGCUGGGCUACCCCAUCCUGCAGAGUGCCAUUUCAACAGUCAUAGGCGUGUGUGUGUUGUUUGCAGCUAAAGCAUACAUUUUCAGAACAUUUGCUAAAAUUAUGUUCCUUGUUAUGUUGUUUGGGGCCACUCACGGCCUCGUUUUUAUUCCAGUGUUCUUAACAUUCUUUGGAAAAGUUCUAUGAAUAUCCGUGAACAAAUCAAGGAUCAAGACGGAAUUCCCGAUUGUCCCAAUCCAAUCUGAUAAAAA